AUGAGGGCCAGUGCUCAAGACAAAGAGCUGAGCGUCUUCUGCACACAGCUUUGCUACCUGCCGAGAGAUGUUGUACCUGAACUGCUGAUGUUACCUCUGGAUAGGACUUUUUCCUGGAGCCCAGCUAAGUUAAUUCGCCUCUCUGAAUCUCAGCCUCCUCAUUGUAUAGCGAUUUACCACCAUAACAUGCCAAGUGAUAGUUCCAAGGAGGGUUUCGGGUCAGUGGAGAAGGUUGUGCUGCUCACGUUUCUCUCAGCUGUUAUACUGAUGGCCAUCCUGGGCAAUCUGCUGGUGAUGGUGGCUGUGUGCAGAGACAGGCAGCUCAGGAAAAUAAAAACCAAUUAUUUCAUUGUAUCUCUUGCCUUUGCGGAUCUGCUGGUUUCGGUGCUGGUGAUGCCCUUUGGUGCCAUUGAGCUGGUUCAAGACAUCUGGAUUUAUGGGGAGAUGUUCUGCCUGGUCCGCACCUCUUUAGAUGUCCUGCUCACAACAGCAUCAAUUUUUCACCUGUGCUGCAUUUCUCUGGAUAGGUAUUAUGCCAUCUGCUGCCAGCCUUUGGUCUAUAGGAACAAGAUGACGCCUCUGCGCAUCGCCUUGAUGUUGGGAGGCUGCUGGGUCAUCCCCAUGUUUAUCUCUUUUCUCCCUAUUAUGCAAGGCUGGAAUAACAUUGGCAUACUUGAUUUGAUAGAAAAAAGGAAGUUCAACCAGAACUCUAACUCCACGUACUGUAUCUUCAUGGUCAACAAGCCCUACGCUAUCACCUGCUCUGUGGUGGCCUUCUACAUCCCGUUUCUCCUCAUGGUGCUGGCCUAUUAUCGCAUCUAUGUCACAGCUAAGGAGCACGCCCACCAGAUCCAGAUGUUACAACGAGCAGGAGCCCCCUCAGAGGGCAGGCCCCAGCCGGCAGACCAGCAUAACACCCAUCGCAUGAGGACAGAGACCAAAGCGGCCAAGACCCUGUGCAUCAUCAUGGGUUGCUUCUGCCUCUGCUGGGCUCCAUUCUUUGUCACCAAUAUUGUGGAUCCUUUCAUAGACUACACUGUCCCUGGGAAGGUGUGGACUGCCUUCCUCUGGCUUGGCUAUAUCAAUUCUGGGUUGAACCCCUUUCUCUACGCCUUCUUGAAUAAAUCUUUUAGACGUGCCUUCCUCAUUAUCCUUUGCUGUGAUGAUGAGCGCUACCGAAGACCUUCUAUUCUGGGCCAGACAGUCCCCUGUUCAACCACAACCAUUAAUGGAUCCACUCAUGUACUAAGGUACACAGUUCUGCACAGUGGACAGCACCAGGAACUUGAGAAACUGCCCAUACACAAUGACCCAGAAUCCCUGGAAUCAUGCUUCUGA